AUGUGGAAGUGCGUGUUUUCGGUCUGCUUGUUAGUUAGUCUUGUGCUUGCUGAUGAGGAGUGGCGGCUCGUGAACAUCACUCAGGGUCCUGUACGAGGUCGCUUCGAAGACGGCACACCGUUCAAUGCUGUGGAUCGCAGAAUCGCAUGCCCACAAUUUUGGUUAGGGGCUGAUGAAGUGAAUAUUCAUGAGAACUGCUUGGUGGCGAACGUAUUUGUCCCUGACACGGAGGAGACUAACCUACCCGUACUAGUCAACGUCCACGGUGGAGGCUACAUACUCGGUUACGGACAACAAUCACACUUUAAGGACCUAGUAAGAAGCAGAAAAAUUAUUGUACUCACUUUUAACUAUAGAUUAGGUGUCCACGGCUUUCUGUGUCUUGGCACUGAAGGUGCUCCUGGUAAUGCGGGUCUGAAAGACCAGCUAGCAUUCCUCCGUUGGGUUAAGGCCAAUAUAGCCAGCUUUGGAGGCAACCCCAAUGAUGUGACACUUUCCGCUUGCAGUGCAGGUUCCGGCUCGAUAGACUUCUUAACUCUUUCCAGUCUCACUAAAGGACUAUAUACAAAAACUAUACAGGAGAGCGGUGCCAGUAUAGGUGGUGUUGGAGCACAAGUGGAUCCUAUUGAGUACGCUAAAAAUUAUGCACGACUCCUAAACUUCCACAAUGUUGAUGAUUUGGACCGCUUGGAAGAGUUUUAUAGAACGGCGCCCUUUGAGCUACUAGUUUCAAAUCCGGAUGAAAUGUUGAAUGCUAAGAACGUUAACAUACUUUUCGGUCCAUGCGUGGAACGUGACCUUGGACAAGAGCGUGUUGUUACUGAUGCUCCGAUGAAUAUCAUAAGACAAGGGAACUAUACUCAAGUACCUAGGAUAUAUGGAUUUACUAACAUGGAUGGAGCUUUCCGACUCCCGCAAUUUGAUACGUGGAAGAAUGACAUGAACGAGAGAUUCUCCGACUUUUUACCAGCUGAAUUACAUUUUGAGAGUGAAGAUGUCAGAGAGCAAGUUGCUCAAGAAGUCAAAGAGUUUUAUUUUGGCAGUAGUCCUGUUAGUGAGGAGAACAUUUUGUCUUACAUUGCAUAUUUUACUGACGUGAUAUUUGCUGUUCCAAUAUUAAAAUCUGUAUCAACACGUAUAGAGACUCUUGGUGACACGAUAUAUCUAUUUGAGUAUUCGUUUGUGGAUGAACAUACUCCCAGUUUCCCUCAUACAGACGUACGUGGUGCUGAUCAUUGUUUCCAAGAAAUAGCAGUCACAGAUGAAGAUGUGUCUGGCAGAACAGAGGAAUAUAAACAAAUGAAGGAAAUUAUGAGAGAUUACUGGACGAAUUUUGUGUUGACUGGUUCUCCAUCGAAUCCAAACUCUCCUCUGCCGUACUGGCCACCAGCGAAUGCGCAACGAGAUCCUCAUAUGUCAUUAGGCAGCCGUAUUGAACUCAGAAACGACCUUAUUCAGGAGAGAAUAGCUUUCUGGGAUACAAUCUAUGACAAAUAUUAUCGAGGACCAGUCGUUUAUCCUUCGGCCUCUUAA